CAUAGUACUAAUCUAUUUCGUCGACUCGACUCUCUCCUCCCGUUAAAAACCCGGCUUUAGUCGCUCGCUCGCUCGCGAUUUAUUAUCUCAUCUCUCUCUGUGCUCACUUCUUCCUACUCUCUCUCACCACAGCGUUGUAUCCUCAAAUACCCGCCAAAAAGGUUUGUACUUCGAUUCAAGGUAUUCUGAGGUCCAAUUCGACGGGGAACGGCGGUCCUAUGCGAAUAUCAGGCGUUGGAGUGUGUGAUUUAUAUCCAACGACGCGUACGGACGGGUUUGUUCGGGUUCGUUCUUUUUGUGCAGACGUUGAGAUCUUUCGGUGGAUGAGGGCUUGAAGAAUUGUUCAGGGAUGGAUCCGGCAGGUUUCGAGGCCGUGGUCCAACCAGGGAGUUCGGAGAAGUCAUUAGCAUCAGUCGGCGAUAAGAGGCCGGCGGAGAACGAAGAUGAUCUUGAUACCGGUGGGAGGUUGCAUAAGAAGGCUAGAGGAGAUUCUAGUAAAGAUAUGAAGAAGGUUGCGGAGAUUGUUCUGGUUUUGUCGGCUAUGGGAAAGAUGCGUGGUGGGAGGAAUCCCACCGAUGUGGAGAAAAGGCUCAUGGAGGAAGCUAGACAGAAGCUGGCGGAGAUGUGUGAAGCAAUGGCUCCGAAGGAUAUCCUUCCUAAGGAUGCUGUUAAGGUUGUAAUUGAGGAUCUUGGGCUCAAUAAUGGGUCGAAAGAUCAGCGGUUAGGAUUUCGUCCUCCUAAGAUGUCUAUCGCGGAGAGGUUGUUGAUGACAAAGAGAAAGAUGGAAGAACCCAACAGAUUCGCUGGCCAGUCUGGAACAUACUCAUCUCAAUCAUCGCAAGUAGGCUUCAGUGCAACGGUUGAAAGUCAUGGUACAUUGUCACAGGCGGCUCAUAUUUUUCCACCAGGAAAACCAUGUCCCACACCAGUUUCUGUUGGAGUAUUUCAAUCUGGUCCAACGACAGUUCAUGUUUCUGCUUUGUCUUCAACAUCCUCAAAGAAUCAUGUUUCUGCUUUGUCUUCAACAUCCUCAAAGAAUCAGUUGCCUGUUAAUGAAGUUCAGCCAUCUGUGGUGUCCAGGGGAUUGUCUAGCAGCUCACUAGAAAAAGAUUCUUCCUUAACACUGCCUCGAACAGAAGCAGCACAUUUCAGAUUGGAUGGAAGAUUAAAUGGGCCAGCUUUUGCAUCCCAAGUUCGAGGUGCAGCAAAUACUUCUGUUGAUCACCGGUCGGUGGAAGCCCCUACCUUCUCCCGUCAACCCCAACCUUUUUCUGUAGCCGUAUUUGGGCAGACAAACAAGGGGUCAGAUCAUACUCCAAUAAAGGCUGAGGGAUCUUCUAACAUAUGUAGCUCCCAAGUGUCCCUUCAAGCAGUAAAAGAUCAAAGCUCUAAAGCCUCUGUAAUUCAACCUGCAUCCGGCAGCCUGCCAAGUGUACAUCAACCUUCACAAGUUUUUUCACCUUUCAAUAACUACAAUGACAUCGCAAGGAACGUUCAGAAGUUUUUGCAGCCAAGGCUUCCUGAGCAUCCUAAUUGGACUCCUCCUUCAGUUGAGUACAUGAACAAGGCUGUAACUUGUCAAAUAUGUAAAUCAACCAUAUGUGAUGUAGAAAGUUUACUUGUUUGCGAUAUGGAAGAACCCAACAGAUUCGCUGGCCAGUCUGGAACAUACUCAUCUCAAUCAUCGCAAGUAGGCUUCAGUGCAACGGUUGAAAGUCAUGGUACAUUGUCACAGGCGGCUUAUAUUUUUCCACCAGGAAAACCAUGUCCCACACCAGUUUCUGUUGGAGUAUUUCAAUCUGGUCCAACGACAGUUCAUCCCCAACCUUUUUCUGUAGCCGUAUUUGGGCAGACAAACAAGGGGUCAGAUCAUACUCCAAUAAAGGCUGAGGGAUCUUCUAACAUAUGUAGCUCCCAAGUGUCCCUUCAAGCAGUAAAAGAUCAAAGCUCUAAAGCCUCUGUAAUUCAACCUGCAUCUGGCAGCCUGCCAAGUGUACAUCAACCUUCACAAGUUUUUUCACCUUUCAAUAACUACAAUGACAUCGCAAGGAACGUUCAGAAGUUUUUGCAACCAAGGCUUCCUGAGCAUCCUAAUUGGACUCCUCCUUCAGUUGAGUACAUGAACAAGGCUGUAACUUGUCAAAUAUGUAAAGCAACCAUAUGUGAUGUAGAAAGUUUACUUGUUUGCGAUGCUUGCGAGAAAGGAGUCCACUUAAAAUGCCUUCAAUCAUAUAAUCAAAAAGGAAUUCCGAAAGGGGAGUGGCACUGCCCUAAGUGCAUAAUAUCAAGCAAUGGGAAGCCGCUGCCCCCUAAAUACGGUCGUGUUACGAGAAAUAUAACUGCGCCUAAAGUGUCUUUAAACACCAAUGGAGGUCUAAUCUCUGCAGAGAAGAAGGUUGAAAUUUCAGAUCAAAAGAUUAAUAAUCAGAAGGCAGUUGCUAAUGGAAACCCUGGCUUAGUUAAUUCUGCUGGUGUUGGUAGCAAAGGAAGUAGCCAUGUUGAAUCAGUCCCGGAACUAAAGAUCUCACGCGUAAGAGAAUCACAUGGACCUGAUUUCGCAAUAAGCGAAAUAGGCCCAGAAAAGUCAAGGGAAACUCCAGGGGUUGUUUGGGUACCUAUUUCUGGGAAGGUGAAUUAUAGUUCUAAUCCACCCAUUCAAAGUAGUGAAUCAUCUGCAUGUGACACAGGAAGAUCAGAAUCUGAGUUUAAGUCAACGCCAAAUUUUGAUCAAGGACACCACUGUCGUGAGAAACGUUCUGUCGCAGAUAUUGAUUCCAGUUAUCUCUCACAAGCCUCACGGAAUUCAUUAGAUGCUACCAAAAAAGGGCCCUUAAACCAUGAAGCUUCUGGAAGUCAAGAUAUUGUUAAUAUUUUCACCCAUAAAGAGCUUGAGAAAUCCAAUUUAAGGGAUACUACUGAAUGUAAUUCAGGUUGUGAGAUCAGGCAAGAGAACCAAGAUUUUGCUCAGGCUGAUUCUAUUAAGGCUUCAAAUGUUGGGAAUGGAGCUAGAGAUUGGAAUAUAUCUCCAUUUGAUGAUUUGCAUGGUGUGGAUUGGGUUGGUGAUGUAUCUCGCACUGUAGAUGAGAAGUCAUUUUAUCAGUCUUGUCGGGUUGAUGGAGUAGUAUACAAGCUGAAAGAUCAUGCUCUUUUUUAUUCUAGCAAUGGCAGUCUGAGACCUUCAAAACUUCAGGUCUUGUGGGAGGACAAUAAAACAAGGAAAAAAUGGGCUAUUGUGAAUCGGUGUUACCUGCCUGGUGACUUACCUGAGGUAGUUGGCCGACCAUGUACUCCUGAAAUUAAUGAGGUAUAUGAGUCUAAUCAUGAUAGCACCGUAUUGACUGGCUUAAUUCAGGGGCCAUGUCAAGUUCUUCCUCCAAACAAGUUUAAGGAAGAAAGUGAGAGAAGAAACCAUUUACCGCAUGGGGCAAAAGAUGGGUUACAACCUGUUUUCCUGUGCAAAUGGUUUUAUGAUCAAUCAAAAGGGCUUUUCCGAGCCGUUACUGAUUAAUUCAACUCAUAACGAUUUUGGAGCACUAUUGUCCUGAAUUGCAUUGCCAGACUGUUCUCAGAAAUAUCAGUUGCUUUUAUCUGGUUAAAGGGAGAAGGGACUUCAUGGACUUUCUGGAAUUUUGAUGAGGGCAAGUGCAUGGCCAAAUUCUGUACAUUAUGUAGCUUUAGACUAGUUUGUAUCUUUCUUGAUAGUUUUGUAAUUGCAAUUUUAAUCCUUUUGUCUUUUGGUUCCUUUGGCCCUUUGUAUUUUACAGUCUUUGGAAGGAAUGUCUGUGGCCAUGCAGUGUUUAAAAAUUCCAUCAUAUGAAGUCCAGGUUUUCUGUAAGCGUCUCUAUGCGCCCAAUCUGCAAGGUCUUUAAAUGCUUGAAGCUUUGGAAGAUUGGUUUUCUGGCCUUGAAAGGCAAGGCUGGAAUUUUGGAAUAUCUGCAAUUUCAGAAUGUCAUUUUUUUUUUU